AGUAAACUUCCCGUGUGACGCCGACACCAGAAAUGCUGCACCCCCGGCGCAGUGCCCAGGAAGUCCUGCUGUGUGACCUCUGUGAAACUGUCCCCCUACAGAGUCACUGUGAACUUUGUAAUAUAAAUCUAUGUAAGGUCUGUGUAGGGGAGCACCUCUCGGAUCUCUCUCAAAGACACAAUGUCGUACCCUUUUUACAAAGAGAGGCUACUGCUGCCAAUUCAAAAUGUACAACACACGCCAGAAAAGAUUGUGAACUUUAUUGUGAGAAAUGCGACAUUCCCGUCUGUUCUACUUGCGCUUUAUUUGGUAAACACAAAGGUCACGAUGUAUCAGAUGUUCUGGAAAAACUAAGCUCGAAAACUCAAAGAUUACAAAAAGAUUUGGAGGAACUAGAGACCAGAAUUUAUCCCCGAUAUGAAGGAAUGGCGUCCUAUGUUCAAACUAAGAAAGCUGAGUUAGAAACGAAAUACGGGAAACUGACCACAGCCGCUGACCAACAAGGAGAAAACUUACACACAGAAAUCACCGCCAUUGUCAACAGACGAAAAUCUGACAUUGAGGAGAUGAAAAGCAAACACUUAUCUACCCUGAAUAAAAAUGCAGAUGGAAUCACACAGAAAAUUAUUGAACUCAAACAGAUAAUUUCCCUUAUGAAAUCAAUACUAGAAUCUAAUGACGAUUCAUUAACCUCUACUUACAAAUCUAGGAACUCUGCAUUUAGAACAUUACCGCCUAAAGUCCGAGUUACAGUACCAAGUUUUACUCCUCAGAAAAUAAUCAAAGAUCAGCUCAAUGAAAUGUUUGGUUCUCUGCCGCCAUUAUCCAUUAACACAGAACAAGGCGACACAGUGAAGUCAGCAGAAGCUGUAUCGUCUCCUCCGGUCAAACCACUGCUUGAUCAACAGCGACUGACCGCCACCAUAGACACGGACUAUGAUUAUCUAUACAAUGUUAGCUGCAUCAGUGAUGGAGUCUGGACACAUGGGGAUAACAAUGUCAUGAAGCUCCUCAACCUCCAGAGUAAACUACUGACAUCAAUACAAACCAAGUCAGGGAACGAACCACGGGACAUAGUAGUGACACGGGCAGGUCACCUCGUUUAUACUGACUAUGAUAAAACUGUAAACCUAGUGAAGAAUAAACAGAUACAUACCUUGAUCACACUACAGGGGUGGAGACCUUUCAAUGUCUGCAGUACCGCCUCUGACAAUCUCCUGGUUACCAUGGACAGUGAUGAUAGAGCACAUUUCAAAGUUGUGCGAUACUCCGGCUCCACAGAGACACAAAGCAUUCAGUUUGACGAUCAGGGUCGCCCUCUCUAUUCAUCUGGCUAUCUACCUAAAUACAUUAGUGAGAAUAGGAACCUGGAUAUCUGUGUAGCUGAUUUUAGAGGUAAGGCAGUAGUGGUGGUCAAUCAGUCAGGAAAACUCCGAUUUAGAUACACUGGCCAUCCCUCUAACACCAAGAAAUCGUUUAAUCCACGCGGCAUCACUACAGACAGCCAGAGUCACAUCCUGACAGCAGACUAUAACAAUGACUGUAUCCACAUCCUAGACCAGGACGGACAGUUCCUCCGUUACAUUCACUGUGGUUUAGAGUUUCCCCGCGGUUUAUGUGUGGACAUCAGAAACAACCUCUUUGUGGCUGAGUGUCGCACUGCUAUAGUGAAGAAAAUCCAAUAUCUAUAA